AUGCUGGGCCCUUCCACUACAAGUGACCGUACGGCAGUAGGUAAUGCUCCAGCCUACUAUGAUACUACUUCUUCAGUAGCUGCUGCUGCUGCUGCUGUGGGUGUUGGUGGUGGCUCCGAUAACGGUUUACAUGGUCAAGUACACCAUCAAGGUGAUCAAGUUCAUCAUGUACAAGCGCACCCUCAACAACACUAUGGAGGUCAUCCUCAUCAUUUACAAGGUGAUGUUGAUCCAACUACCGCUGCUGCUGCUGCUGCUGCUGCUGCCGUUGUGGGUUAUGGUGGUCCAAUGGAUGAUCAAUACCUGGCCUACCAAUCUGCUUCUGCUGCCUUACAACAACAUCAACAUCAGCAUGCUCAACAGGACCCUUAUCAAUUACAACAACAAUUGCAACGUCAACAAUAUGCUGCUCAAUAUCAAUAUCAAUUACAACAGCAACAAGAACAAGCUGCAGCUGCUCAUUUACAACAGCAUCAAUUACAACAACAACAAGCUGUUCAACAAAUGCAACAACAAGCUCAACAUCAAGGUGGUGUUCAAGGUGUUGUUCAUCAACAUUUGCAACAAGCAGUUGCUAAUGUUCCUCUUGAAGAAUUUGAUCCUGAUUCUAUCUUACAAUCAAGAUACACUGAGAAUGAAAUGAUCAAGACAUUUAGAAGUAAGGCAGAAAUGGUUAGAUAUGUCAAGACCGAUUUAUAUGAAGAAGAACAAUGUAAGAUUGUUAUCAAUUCUUCCAAACCUAAAGCUGUUUACUUUCAAUGUGAAAGAUCUGGACUGUUUAGAACCACUGUUAAGGAUGCUAGUAAGAGACAAAGAGUUGCUUAUACCAAGAGAAACAAGUGUGGUUAUAGAUUAGUUGCCAAUUUGUACCCCACUGAAAAGAGUGAUAAGAAGAAUACCAAGAAGGACGAUGGGUUAGAUGAUAAAUUGGGUGAAUAUGGUAAUGGUGGUGAUGAUGGUUACAACACUGGAGAAACUUGGAUUUUGAGAAUGAUUAAUCCUGUUCACAAUCAUCCACCUGAACCUCCAAGAGGUGCUUUAGGUAAGAAGUCUAAAAAAUAUAGAUCAAGAACCUUAGUUGAAAAACCCUUGCAUCGUGCUGGUGGUGCACCCAACCAAGACACUCAAGGCGGUCAACAAGCUCUUGGACAUCAAAUGCCUCAUGAUGUUAACGUUCAACAAGCAGCUGCCAAUCAACAAUAUGAACAAGAAAUUGCCAGUUUGAGACAUCAUCAAUACAUGCCUCAAAUGCAACAUCACCAUGUUGAUGUUCACCAUCAACCUCAACGUGAUGUUUCAGUAAUGGCAGCCAUAGCAUCCGCUCAUCCAAAUUCUGGAACCCUGGUUGACCCAAGUAUUGACCCAAACGUUGAUCCAAGUGUUCAAGACCACGAUCAUGCUCAUGGUGUUCAAUAA